CUCCUCGCCUUUGCUUCCUUACGUUCAUCUGUUUCCCCUCCCUAUAGCCACGAUGCUCCGCAAUCUCGUCUCCCGUAACGUCACACCAGCAGCGAGGGCAUGGCAACCCUCCACGCUCCCUCGCCUCGCCACCAGCAGCCGUGGUCUCGCUACCGCCGCUGACCCUUACGACGUCGUAGUAGUCGGUGGUGGUCCCGGCGGCUACGUCGCAGCGAUCAAGGCAGCUCAGCUCGGCCUCAAGACGGCUUGCGUCGAGAAGCGUGGUAGCCUUGGUGGUACCUGCCUCAACGUCGGCUGCAUCCCGUCAAAGGCGCUGCUGCACAACUCAGAGCUCUACCAUGCUGCCAAGCACGAUUUCAAGAACCGCGGCAUUGACGUCAAGGAUGUCAACUUGGACCUGACCCGUUUCAUGAAGUUCAAGGAUACCUCCGUCACCCAGCUGACAAAGGGUGUCGAGGGUCUCCUCAAGAAGAACAAGGUCGACUACGUAAAGGGAACUGCCUCGUUCAGCUCUCCUACCUCGCUCAACGUCCAGCUCCUCGAAGGCGGCGAGACUUCCCUCGAGGCAAAGAACAUCGUUCUCGCCACCGGUUCUGAGGUCACUCCCUUCCCCGGCAUCGAGAUCGAUGAGGAGCAGAUCGUCUCCUCGACCGGCGCCAUUGCCCUCAAGAAGGUCCCAGAGAAGAUGAUCGUCAUCGGUGGUGGUGUCAUUGGGCUGGAGAUGGGCUCCGUUUGGUCGCGCCUCGGCGCUGAGGUCACCGUCGUCGAGUUCCUCACGGCCAUUGGCGGCGCAGGCAUGGACGGGGAGGUUGCCACCUCGUUCAAGAAGAUCUUGGAGAAGCAGGGCAUGAAGUUCAAGCUCGGCACGAAGGUCAUUGAUGCGGAGAAGAAGGACGGCAAGGUCUUCCUCAACGUCGAGGACGCAAAGUCCGGCAAGAAGGAGCAGAUCGACGCCGACUGCGUACUUGUGGCAAUUGGUCGUCGCCCGUACACCAAGGGGCUCAACCUCGAGGCCGUGGGCAUCGAGGUCGACCAGCGCGGCCGUAUCGUCGUGGACGAUGCGUACAACACGACUUGCAAGGGCGUCAAGUGCAUCGGUGACGCGACGUUCGGACCGAUGCUGGCACACAAGGCUGAGGAGGAAGGAAUUGCCGUUGUUGAGAUGAUCAAGAGCGGACACGGCCACGUCAACUACGAGGCCAUUCCGGCCGUCGUCUACACCCACCCGGAGGUCGCCUGGGUCGGUCCCUCGGAGGAAGACUUGAAGAAGCAGGGCGUCGAGUACCGAGUAGGCAAAUUCCCGCUCAUGGCCAACUCGCGCGCAAAGACCAACCAAGACUCGGAGGGUUUCGUCAAGGUUCUCGUUGAGAAGAACACUGACACUCUCCUCGCCACUCAUAUCAUUGCCACUGGCGCCGGUGAGCUCGUAGCUAGCUCAGUGCUCGCCAUCGACUACAAGGCCAGCGCAGAGGACUAUGCUCGCGUGUGUGCCGCACACCCGACGAUGAUGGAGAGUGUCAAGGAGGCUAUGAUGGCGGGUAGCAACGCGAUGGGUGGCAAGGCGAUCCACUUCUAAGCGACGGGCGCAGUGUGGACCAUGUUGUUACCAGGCGGAGUUGACGGCAAUGCGAUGCGAUCUAGACACAGACUACUUCUUCUUCAUGAGGCAGGGGCGAGAAUGACUGAGAUUCGUGACGCAGGGUAGGCGCAAAAAAACACAUGAUGAUAUUCCAGACAAAGGUAGAACGACGAGCCACGGUGACGCGCUACACUACGGAAA